CUCGUCCUCAUCCGUCCAGGGGAGCAAACAAGCAAGCAAGUAAACGGGCGAGGAGCUGGAUAGAGGCCGGCGACGCGAAGCAACCGCCGAUCGGAGCCGCGGCUGAGGAGGAGGAGCAAGCUCGAGAUGGUGGGUCUCGUCGGCGGCAGCACGGCGCGGGCGGAGCACGUCGUGGCCAACGCCGGAGGAGAGACGGAGUACGUGCGCCGCCUGCACCGCCACGCGCCGGCCGAGCACCAGUGUACUUCCACCCUCGUCAAGCACAUCAAGGCGCCCGUCCACCUCGUGUGGGAGCUGGUCCGGAGCUUCGACCAGCCGCAGCGGUACAAGCCGUUCGUCAGAAACUGCGUUGUGCGCGGUGACCAGCUCGAGGUCGGUAGCCUGCGCGACGUCAACGUCAAGACCGGCCUGCCGGCGACAACAAGUACCGAGCGCCUCGAGCAGCUAGAUGACGACCUGCACAUACUCGGCGUCAAGUUCGUCGGCGGGGACCACCGCCUCCAGAACUACUCAUCCAUCAUAACUGUCCACCCGGAGAGCAUUGACGGGAGGCCAGGUACCCUCGUGAUCGAGUCGUUUGUGGUCGAUGUGCCUGACGGCAACACAAAGGAUGAGACAUGCUACUUCGUUGAGGCUGUGAUCAAAUGCAACCUCAAGUCUCUCGCAGAGGUAUCUGAGCAGCUAGCAGUUGAGUCACCUACAUCGCCGAUCGAUCAGUGAGUCGCCUGCAUCCCUGAUCGAUCAGUAACACCGGUACAAAGACAUGAAUCGGCAACAAAUAAGAAGUUUCAAAGGCUGGCUAGAGGGUUCAACCUUUUUGAGAUUGGUGGUUUCGCCAUCGUCUUCUGCGUGUAUGUCUCUUGGAAUAUGGAAGGUUUAGUGGUAUGUAGGUUUAAAUAUCUUGUUGUAGCUUGUACUACCUCCGUUCUCGAAUAUUUGUCGUUGGCUAGUUUAUUUUUAAACUAAACCGCGACAAAUAAAAAAGAACGGAGGGAGUAUGUUAGGGAUGAUUUAGCCUUAGGAACUGCACCUACAUACCUCAUGGCAUCUAUGCACACUGCUAGUAUGUGUAGAAAUCAGGGAAAGCAUGGAGCGGUUUUUGCAUCAUUGGUGCAUGGAGAUCUAUGCCUUUUUUCUCUCCAUUUUGCGGCGGCUACUAUAUUGGUUGGGGUUUAUACUUCACCGCUGACACAUAGGGUCUGGAUCUUGGAUUUUGUUUAAUUCUCGUGAUGCGCAGUAUUGUAUUCUCCAGUGUUACUGGGAUUUGAGAUUUGAACUGGGUGGUGGAUAGUGCGGCUUU